AUGGGCCGAAAAGUACAAAGAUCAUUUAUCCAACUAAUUUUCUUCUUCUGCAUUCUCUUUUUCAUCUUAUAUCUAAACCGCCCGCAAUCAACUAAAGACAAACUCUUCGCCUGGACUAAAAUCCGCUACAAAACAACCUCAUCCAUCAUCCCAGAGGCCCGCGGCAUCUGCCCCGGCCUGGCAGAAACAACCAAACCAGCUCUAAUCGUCUCACAUGUCUCCACCGAUGGCGACCCAUCCUGGCUAGAACCCCUCCGCAAACAGUACCAUGUAUGCCUGUACCAAGUGGACGCGCCAGCGGACAAAACUUCCAAAUUGCUUCAAGUCCCCGCAAACCGCGGCCAUGAAGCGAUGGCCUAUUUAACCUUCCUAAUCGACAACUACGCGGACAUACCCUCCGCCGGCGCCGUUUUUGUGCAUGGCAGCCGCUGGGCUUGGCACAACGACAUCCCGGAUUACGACAACGCCGCGCUCUUGCGCAGCCUGAACGUCCACGCCGCGCUGCAACCAGCCGGAUAUAGUAACCUGCGCUGCGACUGGAGCGCAGGCACAUGCCCUUCUUCUGUCCCGGCGCAGGGCAGUCUCGAGAUGAGAUUGUCGAAGGCCGUGUCGCCGUGGAGUCCGCGUGCGGCAUCGGAUAUAGCACUGCCGAAGGCGAUCGGCCAUAUUUUUGGCGGAGAUAGUGAAGCACGUGUUGAUGAAAUCCGGAAUGCUUUCCAUCUUCAUCUUGGCCGGAAUGAUGCCGUGCGCGCGCAGUGUUGUGCGCAGUUCGUUGUUUCCCGCGACCGAAUCUGGCAGCAUGGCCGGGAUGAGUAUAUUGCGCUUCGGCAGUGGCUGCUUGAUGGGAGCGAUGAUGGGGUUGCGCGGAAUGAGCAGGCCGGAUCUAGGGCUGCGCCUGGUGACGACCGUGUGGCUGGUCGGAUUGUUUCAUACCUUUGGCAUAUUCUUUUUGCGAACUAUGGUGAUCGCGGGGCUAUUGAGCUUGACCAGUUGAAUCGCGAUUCUUGUCCUAGUGCUUCUGAGUGCUAUUGUCGGUUGUAUGGCAAGUGCGAUUUGAACUGUCGGGGUCCGGGGAGCUGUAAAGGGCAGUAUUCUAUACCGAAGGACUACAAGCUCCCUGAGGAUUGGGAAGAGAGGCAUUUAUGA